AUGGAUAAAUUGAAUUUUGAAUUUCAACUAAUGGGAGAUGGUAAAAGCAAUGUUGUUCAUGUAAUAUCUAUAAUGACAACGGAUGGAAGAAUAUACAUCUUGCCACAGGAACUCCAGAUAGCUAGCGUGCAUACAGAGUUAAUUAAGUGUCCGGCUUAUAGUAAAGUAAAAAAUAGUCUGAAAAAAAGACAUCAGACAAGAAAGGUGUGGAUAACAUUAUCAAAAGAAAUGAAAAAUGUAUACAUGGAUGAAGAGGGAAAUCUUCAAUUUUCGGACCAAUAUUUGGAAGAAAAUCAAUCUCAGUUUGAACCAAAAGAGACUCAAACAUUAGAAAAAUUAUUGGAAAAGAUAUUAAUCAAUACCCAAGGAAAUAAGCCACAAAACUUAAGCUACACAGCGGAAAGGUUUGUUAUUGACAAGUUUUCUAGCAAACAUACCAAUGCAAAUCAGUGGAUUGAGUUUUUUGAAAAAGAAUGUGAGCGCUUUGAAGUCACAUCAGAUAGUAAGAAAAUUGAGAUGCUACGACUACUAAUGGAUAAAAGUUGCAAUGACUGGUACAAUUCUAUGUUUAUUAAAUAUACAAUGGAUUCUGAGUGGUUAAUAUGGAAAACCAAAUUUUGUGAAACAUUUGCAAGCAAAGGAUGGAAUCCUGUAGCGUAUGCUUUGAAAUUUAAAUAUCAAGAUGGCUCUUUGUUGGAUUAUGCCUUAAAAAAGGAAAGUCUUCUUUUAGAUAUGAGGAGAACAAUAGACAAAGGUACCUUAAUUGACCUUAUUGUUUUUGGUUUACCAGAAUAUGUAAUGAACAAAAUUGAUAGGGAAGAAUUAAAGGACACGGUAGAACUUUUUAACGAGAUUCAUAAAUAUGAACAUAUGGUAAAUAAGAAAAGUUAUAUAGUGAGGAGGAAAAACAAUUACUACCCAAAAAAUAAUAAUUAUUACAAUGAGGGAAAACAACCAUGCAAAACGUGUGAGAAGUCUAAUAAAGGAAUAAGGUAUCAUUCUGAGGCGGUAUGUUGGUUCAAGUCAAAGGAAGAUGAAAAAACGAAGAGGUAUAACAUCAAGCAUGUAAACAAUUCCGUAAUAGAAGCAAAGUUAAAUGAAUCUGAGGAAAAAAACUAA